GCACAGUCAGCUUGAUGUUGAGGAGAAGGGCUGUGCAGCAGAGAGGCGCUUUAGUUUUUCAUUCUCCUGCAGUGGAAGAACAUUGCUGCUCUGCUGUCUCUUUGACUUUAACAACUCCAAAGACAUGUUGCUUCACCUCUUUUUACUUUGCUCUCACUUUAUAGCCCUGAGUUCCAUGAACAGCAUAAAGCCAGAAAGGACUGAAGAACAUGUUGCUGAGGGAAGAAACAUCAACCUGGCCUGUAAAUAUGAGGGUGCUAUCUACAGUAUCCAGUGGUACCGACAAUACCAGAGAUCCAGACCAGAGUUCCUGCUCUCCAUCACAGAAGGAGGAUCGAUCCAUCCAACUGGUUCUGGUUUCUCAGCUCACAUCAACAAAACAGAGAAACGUGUAGAUGUGGAGAUCAUCUCAGCUAAAGUGACUGACUCUGCUGUGUACUACUGUGCUCUGCAGCCCACAGUGACAGGAAACAGCAAAACUCUGCACAAAAACCUCUGCAGCAAACACAACACAAUACUCGCUUACGAACAGCACAGGUCACCCCCGGCCCUCCGAGCGCUCCACUGGCUCCCGGUACGUUUCAGAGUGCUGAUCCUCUUCAAGGCCAUAAAUGGACAGGCCCCUGCCUACAUCAAAGAGCUGCUGGCUAUUUAUCAACCUGCCAGGACUCUCCGCUCAUCAAACCACAUCUCCUUGGUUGCCCCCAGGUUUGUCACUUUGUUUCUGCUCACAAUAAGAGGUGUCAGCUGUGAAGACCUCAGUCCAGUCAACAAUGAAGAGUCCAGUUUAGAAGACAGCACUGUUACUCUGUCCUACAAAUACUCCAAACAAGCAACUGCUCAAGAUUAUUUCUACUGGUAUCGACAGUAUCCAGGAAAACCACCAGAGUUCCUCAUCUCUCACUCAGGAACAGGAACAGUAAUAUCUAAUCCAGUCUCCAGACUGACUGUGGAAGUGAGUGAGGAUCAAACCCAAAUGGAUCUGCAGAUCUCCUCUGCUGCAGUGACUGACUCUGCUCUGUACUACUGUGCUGUGAGGCCCACAGUGACAGCAAACCCACAGUCUCUGUACAAAAACACAAGCUGACACACUGACGAGCUGC